GAAAAAAAUAAGAAAAGGGGAAAAAGGAAAAUCAGUUCCAAAAAUCCAAAUUGUGAAUAAUCCUUGAAGAAGUUCAAAGAGAAAGAAAGAACUACCAUUCAUGGAAUUACACGUACUCCGAAUUUUCUCUGCAUUUCCAUUCACUUCUAUUCCCAAACACAGCCGAAUUCUCUCCAAAUCCCACUUCCCUAUUUCUCUCAAUUUCUCAGAUAGUCCACAAUUUUCAUUCAAAGUGGAUUGCCAGAAGAGAAACGACGUAGUUUUUGAUGAUGCAGCAUACGAGGCGGAGCGUCACAGACUCGACGCCGAGGCGCAUAAAGCCAUGGCUGAAACCUCCGAAAGAGAGACCCAAGACCAAGAAGAUCCGAAAGCUUGGAAAUGGGUUAUCCGAAAACGGAUUUGGGACUUAAUGGAAGCCCAAAAUAUAGCCCAAUUCCCAAGGCCCGUUCAUCAUCGGAUACCCAAUUUUCUUGGAGCUUCAGUUGCUGCUAAUAAGUUGAGUGAAUUGGAGGAGUUUAAAGGGGCCAAGUGUGUGAAGGUGAAUCCAGAUACACCACAAAAGCAAGUCAGGUUUCUCACACUUGAUGGAGGGAAGAAGCUAUUGACACCGCAGCCUCGCCUUAGGACAGGUUUUUUCUCUGUACUUGAAUCUAGUAUGUUAUCUCCUGGUACCAUUAAGGAGGCCUGCACCUCUGCUGGAGUUGCCAAAUAUGGACGACCAAUUGGAUUGGAUGAGAAAAUAAAGGUGGAUUUGAUUGUUAUUGGUUCGGUUGCUGUUGACCCCAGGACAGGUGCAAGACUUGGCAAAGGAGAGGGAUUUGCUGAGCUUGAAUAUGGCAUGCUGAGGUACAUGGGUGCCAUUGAUGACUCAACACCAGUUGUCACUUCUGUUCAUGAUGAACAGCUAGUAGAUGACAUUCCUGUUAAUAAGCUAUUGAUCCAUGAUGUGCCUGUUGAUAUAAUAUGCACCCCAACCCAGGUCAUAUUUACAAACACAUCCAUCCCAAAGCCUCAAGGGAUAUAUUGGGAGAAGCUCUCUCCUGAAAAGCUUAGUCAAAUUCGAAUACUCAGACAGCUGAAAAGUAAAAUUGAACAAGAAACUGGACAAAAGCUUCCAACUGGCCCUUCUGAGAAACUGCCACCUACUGCCCAGCGGCGACGCUGAUAUAUUUACCUUUCCUUCAAAAUAUGAAGUUCGACAGGAAGUAAAUUGUGUUAUGUAGCCUUGUGUAGUUUUCUUGUACUUAUUUUUAGGUCCAAAGCAUACAACAAACUGUAAAGUCAUUUAAUAGCUAAUAGACAUACGCUGCAAUGGUGAUGUAAAAGAAAUUUUCUUGUAAAGACAAACUUUUAUUUUCAUAAACCAAAGGAAUUGUUAACAAGUAAACCAUCUUAGUAUUA